AGAGCAUUGUCCUGAACCCUGCUCCACCUUUCGAAUUAGCUACUAAACACACUACACAUACUCAACCCUUUUAAAAUCACUUUAUACCCUAAUAGUCUCACAGAGUCCCUCUGAGAGAUCUAAGGCUUAUUUUACCUAUUGUACAGAUAAGUAACAUGGGAAAGAGAGGAGGUGAUCACAUGGUGAGUCAGUUGCAGAGCUGGGAAUAGAACCCAGGAGUCAAGCUCUUAUAUUACCAUGCAGUGAGAUUGCCAUAAACAGGAUUAAGAAUCUCUGUAAAACCUAUCCAAUUCUGCAUUGAUAAUCCCAAAAUUCCUGAAUUCCCCCACACCAAUCUGCCCUUGUUUCAGUCUCUCCUCUGUUACUUCUAUUUCUCUUUUGGCUGGGUAUCAUUGUGUCUUUCUUAUCUCCUUUGUGCUCAAAGCUCCUCUCCUAAGGUUUUGUUUGUACGUCUCCAAAAGCAGGCAAGACUCCAGAUCUGGAAAAUCAGUGUACAUGGCAUUUAUCCGAGGGCCAUGCUGUGCCCUCUGUGCGCAAUCAUUCUUCUGUUUAAACCUUUCAUCCAUUUAUUGUGCAAUGUCUGUGUAGGCAGGAGGGAGAAAAAUGAUUGUAGACUCGCUGUAAUGGAAAGUGCAGAAGUUAAAUCCUGGCAUUGUUAUGCCUGCAGGAUAACCACCUAGGCUGGAGGAGUCUCAUCUGCUCCAACCAGCUAAGCGGUGACACUUUCCACUCUCCCCAACACAAGGGGAAGACAGUUAUUCCCAUAAUGCAACAUUCAAAAUACCUUUAUUUAAAGGAAAAUGUCUCUAGAACAUUACUUAAGAAAAUGUUGCUCCUUUAGGCCUUCUGGCAUAAGGUGCUUGUAAGUCCCAUUCUAAUAUCGCUCAUGAGCACCACCAUGAAAUAACUAGGAAAGGCUGCCUCCAGCAACACUCUUAUAUGGAAAUGGAUGCACAACUGUGUUGUGUGGGAGUGGAGUAGAUGGGUGCGGAGUUUCAGCUGUGUUCUUAGUGGGAUGGGCCUGGUGGCAUUUGUAUCCCAUUAAACAUCCCUGACACAAUUAUUGCUCUUUUUCCUUGGUUUAAACUUCACAGAGCAGAAGUCAUGGUCUGCUAAUAUUUUAUUUUUCAGAGAAACUUUCCAAUGACAGACAGAUAUUUUUCUGUGUAACCUUUAGAGGAAGAGUGAAUAAAAUCUCUGCUAUUUUUGUGCUACUUUCCCUCAUUCAUCAGUGUAUGGUAGAGGUUGCAGUUGGAUUUAGACUACACUACACAUUGAUGAAUAGAUGUGCUUAAUGCAGUCUGAAUCCAUCAAAUCUAUUGUCUCAUAGCCUUGAAGAAAUACUGUACAUCCUGACAGAAGUGAGUCAGAGGGUCAUUAGGGCCUUCCCUGAAUUCAAGGGAGGUCAGGGGUUUGUCCUUUUUUUGGUUGCUCAUAGCUUGCAUUCGCCUCAUUAUGCCUGUGUGGGACAUAAUCCCAACAACAUGCAAAAAGUAGCUGUUGUGGUUCCAUCAUUUAUUAGGAAGAAAGAUUGCCAAGGAAAACACAGGUGCUCCAGAAGAAAUGUUGGCUUUCCCUCUAAAUUCAUACAGAAGCCAAUGCCUUGGGCACCUUGCUGCUAAAGGCACUGUAUUUACAUGUCUGCUAAAGACAUGGCCCUGAUCAUUUGUGGUCAGGCAGAUUCAGCACCCAAGGAUGCCCAUUUUACUCAAUGACAACUGAUGGGUGCUUGGAAAAUACAGCCACUUCAUCUAGGUUCCUAAGUGGGAGCUGAGCUCUUCUGAAAACUUGGCCCUAAGCUUCCUGUAAAUUAUAUGGUUAUUAAUAGCAGUCUUCUGGCCACAUUCUAAAUUCAUUGUCUCCAGUAAUUUUGAUUGGCUGCUGCUGUUUUUAGAAACUGCUUAGUGUCACUAUAUGAUGUUUAAGCUACUACUCUGGAGGUGGUUGUGUUUUCCCUAUCACUACCCCGAAAGGGUGUGUUGAGAUGAAAAAUGCCCUAUGAAUGUAAAUUGUCUAGAAUUUUCUCCAUGUAGUCUCCAUCACUGACGCUAAGAAGUCUAAGCACUGUGUGGCUUUUAGAUCUUUUGAAAGCUAAGUUUUUGAGAUAACAAGUAGUUUUGUAUUAGCCAUUAUAAGAAACGCUAACAAACAAAGACCUAUGCACAUCCCCUGUGAACUCUGAGCUACUGCUGUCUAAAAGGAAGUGAUUCAGUUUCUUAUGAGGUUUCUUGUGGAUUAUUACACCUAGACCCAGAGUCUUGGGGCCAAUACCAGUAACACAAACAGCAUUUUAAAUGUGUAAGUGGAGGAAGAUUUUACGUCAUGAGCAUGAAGGUAUUUAAUUGACACCAAAUUAGGGACUUAAAGGAGUUACUUUCACAUCAUGUAACCUGGUACUUUUAAAAUAAAAAAAUGUUGAACAGGGGAGUAGUGUUGUGGAGAUGAGAGGGAGGAAUGAGUAUGCUAUGAUCUAGUUCCUUUAGUACUAUUCAGAAAGUUUUCAGAAUGAGUGUCUUUAACUGGAAACACAAAUAACAAAAGGAACACUUGGUGUGAUAAAUGCAGGGGUUGGGUUGUGUGGGCUGGCUUGUUUGGGUUUUUUUUUUUUUUUUCAGUCCUGUCAGUCCAAUAAGAGGAGGCUCACAGGGGAUAGCUCAGAGAAUUGAUAAUAGAGCAUGCAGCCUUCCACUUCUGGAAUUCUGCUUCGGUUCCAGCCUGGGUUUGCAGUGAUCAGAGCUGUUACCAUCUGGGUGGGAGCACUUGGUGUCCCCAGUUCCCGAACCCCCUUUGCAGUAUCCUGUCCCUGGACACUAACAGAAAUUACCACGUCUGCUGUCUCAAAGAGCCUGAAUGCACUGUUGGCUCAGCUGAUGUUGCACACAAGGGUGAAUGAAGGAGAUGAUGGACCAUCUGGUUAACACCGAAAUUAACAGCCAACGCAUUGCUUCCGUGGAAAACUGCUUUGGGGCAUCUGGACAACCCUUAGCUGUGCCAGGAAGGGUCCUUUUGGGUGAAGGAAUUUUGACCAAAGAAUGCCGCAAGAAGCCUAAGCCUCGGGUAUUCUUUCUUUUCAAUGAUAUCCUUGUGUAUGGGAGCAUAGUGAUAAACAAAAGGAAGUACAAUUCCCAACACAUCAUACCUCUUGAAGAUGUCACCUUAGAGACACUGCCGGAUACCUUACAAAUGAAGAAUCGAUGGAUGAUUAAAACUUUGAAGAAGUCCUUUGUUGUUUCUGCAGCCUCCCUCACAGAAAGGAAAGAAUGGCUUAGUCACCUUGAGGAAUGCAUUAGGCAUCUGCUGACAAAGACAGGCAGGCAGCCCUCCAUGGAGCAUGCUGCCCCCUGGAUACCCGACAAGGCCACUGAUAUCUGUAUGCGCUGCACACAGACCAAGUUCUCCACGCUCACUCGCAGGCAUCACUGUCGGAAGUGUGGCUUCGUUGUGUGCGGGGACUGCUCCAGACAGAGAUUUCUGAUGCCACGCUUGUCCCCCAAGCCGCUGAGGGUCUGUAGCCUAUGCUACAGGCAGCUGAUGGCAGAAAAGAAGAAGGAAGCAGAAGGUGACCAGAAGCAGCCGGAGCAGAUUGACUCUUCCAUGACUGGUUAUGAACCAUCUAGUGGUGAUGACAGUGAUAAAUCCGAUGAUGACAAAGUGGAACGGUGGCCGGCAGACGCAGAAUUUUAUGCCUCAGAAGUAUCUUGGUCAUCUUUCCAUAGCUGACCUUCUUACCCUUGGCUUAAAGCUUGAGGAGCCAAAUUCUGACCCGCGCAUAGCCCUCAGUAUUUUCAGUGGUGAGCGUACAUUGGAGGGUGAAAUUUAGCCCCUCUUUAUCUUGUUUCCUUUCAUGUGUUUUCCUGAUUACUAGUUCUCUUAAAUCACUAGAGACUGAUUUAUUGUCAUAUUACACUCGCAGGGCAUGGCCUACAUCAAGGUAGGGUGGUCUAGUGGGCAGAGCACUGGACUGGGAACCAGUAAACCAAGGUUUUGUUACCUGCUCUGCCAAUGGCCUGCUGGGUGACCAUGGGCAAGUCACUUCCCCUCUCUGUGCCCGUUUCCCUAUUUGUAAAACGGGGCUGCUAAUAACCUCUUUUGCUAAGAGCUUUGAGAUCUACUGAUCUCUGUACAAGAGCUAAGUAUUAUUGUUGUCUCCAAUAUACUACUCACCUGGGGUGGACCUUUGUGUUGGUAUUAGAGGCCCAUUGAUGCGGCAGCUUGUGCUGCUACUGCCUGUGGUGUACCUCCUCUGUAGGGAAGAGAGAACUUCCGCCUCCAAGGCUAGGAUUUCUCAUGAGCACUGAAUACAUAUAAAAUGAUAGAACUAAAAUCCAAAGUACAUGGAAGCCUGGGCUGAUGCCCUUUGACCUCAGUACAGUAAGAUACUGAAAAAUAACCAGCAGGAGACCUGGGUUAGACUUUUAGACUGCCUUUUGCUCCCCAAGUUGCCUGAAGCUGGGAGCCCUGGGGAAAUGGUGAUCUCAGGAACGGGGAAGUCUUGUGUGGCUCUGGAGCAAACCCUGCUGACUUCUCAGGAGCAUCAUUAGUACAGCACUGGAGAAGUCAUCCCUCUCAGCCAGCGAACAGCCUUUGUGAUGACAGAAGGUAAUGGGGGAGUUAAGGUUUAUCUUAGGGGUGAGGUGAGAAAGAGGAGGCUGGCUCAAUUCAGCAGACUCACCCCAUGCAUAUAUAUUUACAGGUCUCAAAAUCAGUAACCCAGCCAGAUUUCUAUUCCACAGCCCCAGGGAUGGAAGAACCCCAGCCUGGUGGGUGAUGUAGCACAUAGCGGUAGAGCUACGGCAAGAGGUGGUGAAGGGAUGGAUGGAUGGUCAAAACUAAGGUCAGAUUCUGAGGUGCUGAACAUACUCAAUGCCCAGUGACUCACUUGCUCGUUAAGGCCCCAAGCCUUUGCUGCAAACAUACUUGCAUAACUUCAAGCGUGAGCAGUCCUGCUGGCUUCAGAGUUAUCAACAUGUGAGUGUUUUCAGGUUCAGGGCAUAAAAGUAUGUGCUUAAUUUGAAUUGAACUUUGACAUUAAAGUUAAUCUCAAGUGAGAGACUGUCUAUUCAAAUAGUCUUUCAUCGUCUCAUGUGUAACUAAAACCAUUUACUAUCAGCAAAAAUUAAACAGCAAUUGUAUUGCAGCAAAUAACUGUACAACAAAAGGUCAGUUGCUACCUUUUUUGCGUAUUUUAUAUUGUGUAUUUUAUAGUCUCGAGCAAGAAUCUAGUUAAAAGUAAUUUUCAACAUAAUUUUUUCCUUACCAUAGUCCAGUCUAUCUAAACACUGAAUUGCAUGCCAAAUGACCAGGUUGGGGUGUUUGGUUUUUUUUAAAUUAGUUCAAAGUAAUUAUUCUCAUGGAUUUAAUUUUUUCCUUUUUUUAAUAUACUACCAAUGUCCAGGCAGGUUGUAGUAUUCAACUGAUUGUGAAUAAAGAUAUGGCCAAGGAGGGGGAAAAAUUGA